GCUUCAGCAGUAUGUGCUGUCUUAGAUGUGGGCGCUCACAUGAAUGGUUCGCCUAUUAUUGCGGCCACUCGUUGUCUCACUUUGAUGGUUCAACAGAGGCUCUUUACUGGAUCGAGGGAAGAGUUUUCGCUUGUGCUAACCGGUAGUGAAACCACAAAUAACGAACUGGCUGAUUUGGAUGGGAAUUUCGCAAACAUUACCCUUUUUCGACCACUCAAGCCCUAUGAUUGGGAUCUGCUUGAGGCUCUUGACACAGGCUUUGCGAGUAGCACCAAGAAUGGGGACUUUUUCAGGGCGCGAAAGGGCGAAGUCAAAAAGCGGGUGAUUAUUCUAAGCAACCUUGAAGGCGAAUUGGAUUGUGGACAGAUAAAUGAAGUUAUCAGAAACUUGCAAAGGUCGGGAGUAAGUGUGGACUUUGUCGGGUUGCAUGCUCUCUCAAUUAACAACUUGGAAACUGAAGAGCUUGCUUCUGAUGUAUCCGUUGGCGAGGUGCAUUUGAGUCGAAUGCACGAGCGGCUAACUACUUUUGGAAAAAUUAUUGCUGCAAUAGGUGGGGAAAGUUUCACCUUUCAGGAUGUACUAGAGAGCGGAGGCAGGUGCCUGGUAGAACAUUAUGAAACCCCAUCAAGGCCGUGGAAGGUAGAGUUAAGCAUCGGUGGAACGGCCCUUCGGGUGCCUCUUAUCGGUCACUAUCUUCUCUAUCGUGCUCGACCUCCUUCUCUCCACCCUUUCUUUGCCGGCCAUGACCCUCCUCUGGAGGUAACUGCUAUCACCACAUUUCACCUGCACGAUGAGGCUCAAACGGAAGUCUCCGCUUCUGAAGUUAUCCCUGCAUACCGCUAUGGGGCCACUUUGGUUCCCUUCACAGAAGAAGAUAGGGCCAAAUUAAAGGUAGAGAAUGAGAAAUGCCUGGCUGUCAUCGGAUUCACCAAAUCAGGAAGCAUCGCACCCAACGUCUACGUCGGUGACAAGGUUAUGUACUUCGUGGCGGAUACCCCUCGCACUGAGAAGACCGGUGAAUCCCCUUCUCAAACGCCGCGGGAUUUUGCGGCUGUAGCUGUCUCGGCGUUGGUUCAGGCUCUUAUCGAGUUGGACUCCGUUGCGUUGGUGAGGCGCGUCUACUCACGCCUAUCAGCACCUGCUCUGGGUGUCCUCAUACCUAAAAUCAGUUCCUCAGGAGCUGGUCUAAUUUACCAUGACUUGGCUUUCCGAGAGGACAUCCGAGCUUUUACGUUUCCAAGUCUCCCUGUUGUCGAAAAACCAAUAGAGGAGAAUAGAGAAGAGGAAUCUGAUUUGAAGCCACAAGAUUUGAAAUGGAGACCCAGUGAAGAGCAGAUUGCUGCUAUGGAUGCCUUCAUCACGAGCAUGAUGCUCGACUCAGAUGACGACGACGAUGAAGACAGUAGAGGGGACGGACGAAAGGAUGCAAAUGACAAAACUGACAGAAAAUCCUUUAUUGGAGUUCGCUUGGUGUCUAUUGAGCCCCGCCAGCGAGAUAGUAUGACGGUUCAUAGAGAUGAUCGCUUGGGCCUGGGAGUCUCCAUUGACCCAAAACGCGUUUGCAACCCCUGGAUCCAUCGCUUCUUCAACCUUCUCCGCGAGCGAGGUUUGGGCAAGACGGGUCUGUCCGAAGUAAACACACUGACCAACGGUUGGCCGUCCCUGGAUCCCGAUGCUUUUCCCGGUCUUAGAGAAGUUCUUACUGCAGUUGAAAGGCAAAUUAUGAGCGUCUCGGACCCUGCAUCUGCCAGCACCUCCACAUCUUCCUCUCCCCUAUGUAGCGCCUUGCGCGAGUUAAAUCGUGUGAUGCCGAAGAUUGCGCCUAAUCCAGAUACAAUCGCCAUUCUCCAACUAAAGCGUGGCAGCGAGGAUACAGAUGACCACGCAGCUAUUCAAAAGCGGAGACGUGCUGUAGCAGCCGAUUUGUUCGGUAUAAAACCAGAAGCUGUCGAGGACGACAAGGAUAAUGCACUGAUGGCUGAUGAAGAGCUCACUAAAUGUCAAACUAUUGGAUCGGUUGACCCAGUUGGUGAUUUUAACGAGCUCCUCCGUUCUGGUUUAAUCACGAAAGCGUGCCGUGAAAUGGAGACGCAUAUCUACCGCCUUGUGGAUGAUCCGUUGACACCAGGACUCCUUCAACCCAGAAGUAUCCAGUGCCUGCAUGGAUACCGUAAGGCAGCUCUGGCACCAGAUGCUUCUGUUGAUGUGGCUAAUGCAUACAAUGCCUUUCUACUCCACUGGCGAAGUGACCUCGAAUCAACUCACUGUAUGAGCAAUAGGCUUGCCUUCUGGUCUGAAGUCAUUGCUACUGGUAUGGCUGGUACUUAA